AAAUCCUCGGAGCUUUCUUGGAUGUUAUAAGGUGCAAGGUGGGAUAGGAGGAGUGCUAAAGGGCUUGGUGAACCUCCAAACUCUCAUCAUCUCAGGGCUCAGGAACGUGGUCAACAUAGAGGAUGCCAGGGAUGCCGGUCUUAAACAUAAGCAUAAACUUAAGGAGUUGUUUCUAUAUUGGAAUGCGAUCAAUUGCAAAAAUGAUCCACAUCAUGACAAAUUACUACAUCUAGAAGCUUUUUCAGAGAAAAAUAAGGAUGUCCCAAUGGAUGAAAAAAGGGAGGAAGCCAUGCUCGAGUAUCUCCAACCUCACGCCAACCUCCAAAUUUUGUCUAUACAAGGGUAUGGUGGUUCCAAGUUUCCAGAAUGGGUAGAAGAUCCUUUCUCCUUUGCAUCACUUAAAGAAAUCACUGUAAGGAAUUGUGAAAAAAUAAGAUCUCUUGCUCUAUACAUUCAUGACUCUCUUGGAAAUCUGGAUGCACCCAUAUCAAAACCCAUGCUUAAGAGGGUGCACAUUUCUGGUUGUCGGCAACUCACAUCCAUAGCAGGGCUGCAUCAUCUUCACUCGCUUAAAGAUCUGAAGAUAUACAAUUGUCCUCAACUCCGGCUCUUAUCAGAGGAAGGACUGCUACCCAAUGUUCGAUAUUUGCAUAUCGAGGAGUGCCAGCAAUUGACAUCGUUGAGGGGGAUGCAAUACCUUGCUUCUCUCAAUAAAUUAAGUAUAAAAGAUUGUGCUAGACUUCAGAUCAUGGCAGAAGAUCUGCUCUCAUCAAUGCCUGACGAAGUGGAAAUUGUUGAUUGCCCUGGAUUGAGUAACUGGUGCCAAAUACAAAGAAUCAACUGCAUUGAGGUUGCUUCAGGCAACAAGCUCACUACAUCGAACACAUGGGAUAACGUAAUGCAUGGGUUUGACGAUUUGACAUCCGUUGAGCAUCUUUAUUUCGGUAAUCAUUGGAGAUUUUUUCUGCGAAGAGACUCCAUACCCAUACUUGAAGAGCUGACCAUAUGGGGUUGCACGGACAUCCCACCACUAUUUUUCCUGCCACGGCUCACAUCUCUUCGAAGCUUGGUCAUAAAGGACUGUCCUGGAAUCCACUGCCUGCCAUCUUAUCUGCUCCCAUCCACACUCCAGUCCUUGGUGGUUGAUAAUUGUGAGGACCUAAUAUUUUUGCGAUUGGCACAGGAGAACCUAGAUGCAUUUGAGGAGCUGCAGCUUAUGAAUUGCCCUAAGCUCGAACGGGUGGAAGGGGUGAAUUGCCUUUUCUUCACAAAAAUCUUAAGAAUAGAACGAUGCCCUCAACUCCAGCUUCCAUAAGAUGAUCGACAGCCAUCUAUUUCUCCACAUGUCGAAAUUGCAGAGGAAGUAGAGAACAAAGAGACAAUUGAUGAUGGAACCCAGGAGAAACAAGUGCCAAACUUAUACUCUCUCUUCCUUUCCGUAAGAAGCCCUCCUCAAUUGGUCAAUCUUGUGAGCAAUCCACCUCGGCAAUUCAAAGAUCGAUAUAAGGUGGGAAGGCAAUGCCAAGAGCACCACAUUAAUCAAAGCGAUCCAUCCAGCCCAAGAGGGUAGUUUUCCUUUCCAAGUUGUAAGCCUAGUACUCAAUUUUUCGAGUAACGGCAUCCAACAGUGCUUAGGUAGCUUUUUAUCAAACAAAGAAAAGCCCAAAUAGGUGAACGGAAGAGAACAAAUCUUGCAGUUCAUUAUCAAAGCAAAA